GUUCAUUGAAGAAACUUACCGUCGCGUCUCUCUCACCUCCGAUGAAGAGUAACUGGGACCGAAGGGACUAGAAUCACUGGGUUAUUAUCCGUCUCCCUCCGCGGCAGGACAUGGACUUCCUGCUGGACACCUGUGGACGGCGGAGGUGUCUGCUGGUGGUGAUGCAGCUGUUGGUGUUGAAGGCAGCAGCCAACUGUCCCAAACCUCAGGUAGGGGAUCAUAUAGUUUUGACAAAUGAGGCACUUCUCAUGAAUGAGUUCCCAGAAGGCUCCACUGCCACCGUGGAGUGUGCUCACGGAUUCGUUAUCGACACUGGCUCCGGGGUCCUAAGCUGCACUGGUGGGAAAUGGACCGAACUGGAUCUCAGGUGUAAAAAGAAGGAUUGCGGUACCCCCAAACCUCAGCCUCACUUGAUUUUCAACCUCACUGAGGGAACUCUGUUUGGGGCUGAAAUAGAAGUCAGAUGUGAGAAAGGAUUCCAGAUCAGUGGAUCGAGCUUCAAAAUGUGCUACGCUACAGGCUGGAGUGGAAGGGCCAAGUGUGAAAUUGCAACGUGUGAGCUCCCUGAUGAAGUGGCCAAUGGCACAAGCCUGUGGGCGUCUCAAGACGAACCCACAUAUGGAGAAAUCGUGGAGUUUGCCUGUAAUGACGGAUUCACCCUCGUUGGUAACAAGAGCAUCGUGUGCAGUGAUGGUGGUAGAUACUCUCCUGCUCCUCCUGAAUGCAGAGGUGCGACAACAGGAGAUAGAAUAACACCAAGUCCUGCGCCCACAGCACAAGGGUCCACUUCCACAGAUUCAUCGACAAUAUCCACAGAUCACAGAGAUAAAAGUAUAACAACCAGGGCGACAGCAACAGUCUCACCCACAGCACAAGGUGGCAGAGACACUUUGACAGAGGAAGCUUCUACAACCAGAGCUUCAUCAACAACGAUGUCAUCUGGAGAUAAACGCGACGGGGGUGUGAAUACUUACACAGAUACUGGAUAUACGGCAGUUGUCGUCUCUGUCGUAUGCGUUUCACUAGUUGCAACUAUACUUGUGUUCGGUUUAUACAAGUUUCUUCAGAGGAAAAAAGGCUCAUAUGACACCAGAGAAGACCUGAAGCCGGAGUUAUUACUGUUCCAAAAUCUUUAGCUCUCACCCAGCUCCUUCAAUGGAACCGCCCCUAUCUGAUGAAGAACAUCUGUGACCCGGGGGACGGACGUGCCAGCAGACUGCGCCUCUCUGAGUCGAAAGGGAAAAACUGUUCAUAUCAUUGCACUUCAGAGGAUCAUCCCUGCCCUCUGCUUUUUUUUAAAUUAUGUAUAAUUUCGAUUUACACAUUCAUUUUAACACAAAAAUGUAAAUAUUUUUGCCACUACUAUUUUGUACUUUAUUUAUGUUAAAAGAAAACUGGAGUAAACUUUUCCUUUGUAUUUAAAAAUA